AUGGAUAUUUUCAAGCAGAUUGUGGAACCUACAAGGGUUUCCCUUUCUGUUUCUUGUUACUUUACUAGCUCCAAUUCACGGAAUCUUGUGGUUUCCAAAGGUACGGUGCUUGAGAUCUUCUCCAUAGCUAAAGACAUCCAGAAAUUAUCUUUGAUUGCUUCAUACAAACUCCAUGGAUUGAUCACAGAGAUAGCACCUGUUAAAACCAUUGAGUCGAAAAAUUUAGAUUAUUUAGUCAUCGCCACGAAAUUCGCGAAAAUUUCGAUUAUCAAAUGGAAUUUCGAAUUGCAUAACAUCGAAACUGUGUCUUUACAUUAUUACGAAAACUUUUUUGAAAGUAAUUCACCAGUGAGAUCUAUAUCAAAUGCCACAUUAGUGACGAAUCCAGAAAAUGAUUGUGCUUGUAUGACGUUCAAUGACUUGUUGGCGUUCUUACCUUUUAAGAAAGAUUCAGAUUUUGAAGGCAAGAACAAGAGGAUGAGAGGUAAAAACAAUGAGUCAAGUGAUAGUGAAUACAGUGAUAAUGAUGAUAAGGAUGAUGAUGAUGAUGAUGAUGAUGAUGAUGAUGAUGAUGAUGAAGAAGAUGGAGAUGUGUUGAUUUAUAAACCAACUUUUAUUGUUCCAGCAAAUAAACUUGAUACUUCUAUUUCAGAUAUUAUAAGCUGCAAGUUUUUACACAAUUAUAGAGAACCCACCUUGGCAAUUUUGUUUUCUCCGAAGCAUACGUGGGCAGGGAAUUUGAAAAAACUGAAAGACGUUACCCAUUUUGUUGUGUUGUCGUUAGAUUUAUACAAGAAGACUUCCACUACCAUUAUUUCUUUGAAAAACUUACCUUACGAUUUAUAUGACAUCGUCCCUUUGAAAAAACCCCUUAAUGGUUGUUUACUAGUUGGUUGCAACGAAAUCAUCCAUGUUGACUCAUCAGGUUCAUCACAAGGUCUUAUCACCAACAAAUACACCAAUAAUAUUACCGAUUACAGAAAUUUCACUAAAGACCAGAACGACUUGGAUUUGAAUUUGGAGAACUGUAUCAUUAGACCAAUUCCUAAUCUUCCAAAAAAGCUUUUAUUGAUCAGCGAAGAAGGGAAAUUUUACUGGAUUGAUUUCAAAGUUGAUGGGAGAUUAAUUAGAAGCUUCCUGAUUAGUAAAUUAGAUGAGAGCACCUACAUGAACAUAAUUGUGGAACAUCCAAAAUCCAUGUGUGCGGUUGAUGAUGACUUAUUAUUUAUCAGCUGCGAUGAUGGAAAUUCAUUAUUGAUCAAAUUGGAAGAUCUACUGAGGGGGGGAAAUGACAUUACUGGUGCUAAACAAAUAACAAAGAAAACUAGCAUCAAGGCAGAAAAGAGUGCCGAAGAAGACAGUGAUAAGGGGGAUAAUAGAAAAUCAGAGGAUGGGGAUGAUGAUGAUGAUAUUAAUUAUAGUGAUGAAGAAGAUGAAGGUGAUAAUGAUCAAAAGGAUUCGAUGGAAAUUGAUGAAGACGACGGAAAUAUCGAUGAUAAUAUGGGUGACAACAGCAAAAAGACAUCUAACGCGAAUACAUACAGAUUUACAGUGAAAGAUGUGUUGAUUAAUUGUGGACCAAUAUCGAAUCUUACACUUGCGUCAUUGUCGACUGAAAAAUUCAGCAGUGGGCUUACUAACCCUAAUCAUAAUGAGGUUUCCAUAAUAGGGUCAUCAGGAAACGGGAAAUCCGGAUCAAUCAUUACCAUAAGCCCUUCUAUUAAGCCAGAAGUCAGGUCAACUUUGCAUUUUUCCGAUGUCAAUCGGAUUUGGACCUUGAAUAGCAAAUCAGUGCUUUUGACCUCUAAAGGGGUUAGAUUGGAAAGGAAUUAUAAUUACUUAGUCUCCACGAAUUACACUGAGCUCAAAUCUGAUGUGUUUUCAAUCACUGAUAAUUUCAAGAAUGUUUCAUUAACAACUGGUUUCCAAAACAACGAAGCGAUUAUCAUCAUUGGCUUUGUGAAUGCUAAACAAAACAUCAUCCACAUCACUAGAUACCAUGUUCACUUAUACGAUUUGAAUUUCAAGUUGUUGAAAACUUUCAAGAUUCAGGAUUUACAACCUGAAGCAGAACCGACGCAGGAAAUAGAUAUUAAUGGUGACCUUGAUCAAGAAAAUGAGGAAUUUGAAAACCAGGAAGAAUUUGUGUCAGGCUAUAUUUAUGAAAAUUGUGUGUUACUCACAACUUCAAAAGGUGCGGCCAUAAUAAUCGAGAUGAUCCCUGAGGCUCUCAACUUAAAAAAGAAGGCGAAAAAGGUUGCUGAGAAGGGUUUGAAAUACUUCAAUAUUAUUCCUAUUCCUACAAUUUUAUCCGAUGUUCUUAUCACCACAGGUACAAUCUCAAGCUCUCACUUAUUUGGCACCGUUAGUGAUGUGAAUUCAAUUCUCGAUAAUAUUCCAGUAAAGGGCGCUAAAAAAAGAGCAAGCGACGGUACUGGUGGAGCUACAAAAAAGAGAUUAGAUAAUAAAGACUUAGUUGACCAAAAUAAAGGAGUAUUGUUUAUUUUAGUCACCGGUGAUAAUAGAGUGGCGAUAUUCCAGAAGGACCAUAAGAACAGGGUUUUCCAAUUGGAGAGAAUUGACAAGUUGUCUGAGCUUUUGACCCUUAAUUUUUUCGAUCUCAACGAUGCUUAUCCUGACCCAUUCAUCAAACAGGUGAUGCUUGUUAAUUUGGGAGAUAAGCAUGUUAAUAAAGAAUAUUUGACUGUGUUGACAAUUGGUGGUGAAACCUAUUUCUAUGAGUUGUUUUAUGAUAAGCUUAACAAGAUUUGCAAAUUCAAGAGAAUAGAGAACACUCUAGUUACAGGUGCCCCAGAUAAUGCUUUCCCAAGAGGUACAAAGGUAGAAAGAAGGCUCAUUUACAUUGAUGAUUUCAGAAAUGGAUUAAAAUGCAUAUUUGUCACCGGGAUUAUUCCGUACUUUAUUGUGAAGGAGGGUCACUCUUGUCCAAGAAUAUUCAAGUUUACCAAAUUUCCUGCAAUAUCUUUUGCAUCAUUCAAGACCGAUGAUGAUGAUUCCAUAUCCAGUAAACCAAAUAAAUUAACUAGUUUUUUCAACUUCAGUGACAAGGGCUCAAAUUUCAUUUUUGUGGAUAAUUUGAAAAAUGCCAGAGUUUGCUCUAUUCCAUUUGAUGAAAGCACCGACUACACAAACCAAUUGCCUAUACAAAAGAUCUCAGUCGGAGAAUCCGUGAAAGAUAUUACAUAUCACCAAACCUCCAAUACUUUUAUUGUAUCAACAUUCCACGAAAUUGAGUACAAUUGUAUUGACGAAGAUGGUGAAAAAAUUGCAGGAUGGGAAGAUAAACCACAUGCGAAAUCGUACAAAGGGUCUCUUAAGCUAAUAUCACCAAAAACUUGGACUGUCAUCGAUGAAAUUGAAUUUGAAGAUAACCAGGUUGCCGUAACGAUCAAAUCAAUGUUCCUAAACACUUCGUCUGCAUCUGACGAUGCUAAUAUGAUUUCGUCAGCCCAAGUCGGAAACGUUAAUAAGAGAAAAAAGGAAAUUGUUUUGGUGGGAACUGGCAAAUUUAGAAUGGAAGAUUUGACUGCGAAUGGCUCGUUCCAUUUGUUCGAAAUUAUCGAUAUCGUUCCGGAGAUUGGAAAGCCUGAAUUCAAACAUAAACUUAAGGAGAUUUUCAAAGAGUCAACCAGAGGUGCUGUUACUGCGUUAACUGAAGUGAGUGGAAGAUUUUUGGUCUCCCAAGGGCAAAAAGUCUUGGUUAGGGACCUUCAAGAGGACAAUACUGUGGUUCCCGUGGCAUUUUUGGAUACAUCAAUUUAUGUUUCCGAGGCCAAAUCAUUCGGGAACUUGUUGAUUCUUGGUGAUAUCAUGAAAAGUAUCUGGCUUGCCGGCUUUGAUGCCGAACCUUAUAGAAUGAUUAUGAUUUCCAAGGAUGUGAUUCAAGUUGAUGUCAAUGCCGCAGAUUUCAUUAGUUAUAAUGGUGAUUUAUUCUUUGUUAUUGGUGAUGACAAUGAAAACUUGCACUUGUUACAAUACAACCCUGAGGAUCCAGCGUCGCUAUCUGGUCAAAGAUUGGUGAGAAGAAGCACCAUCAACAUCAAUACCACCACCACUUGUAUGAAAUCGUAUCCAAAAAGAGCCAGUAGUACCAAUGAAUUCCAAGUCGUUGCAGGUAACAUUGAUGGUUCAGUUUACCUUGUGACUCCUAUUUCUGAGGAAUCUUACCGAAGAAUGUACGUGCUACAACAACAAUUGAUUGAAAAAGAAUUGCAUCAUCUCGGGCUCAACCCAAAAAUGAACCGUAUUUCUCCAGUUUAUGAAAGCGUUAAUGCCAACUUCACCUCCAAUUCGACACAACAAGCAAAAACAUUGAUCGAUUUUGAGGUUUUACAAAAAUUCACAAGCUUGAAUGAUGACAGAAAGAGACAAUUGGCCUUGAAGGUUGGGAGAUACGCGUAUACUGAUAUCUGGAAAGAUCUAGUCGAUCAGAAUUUAGAAAUGUUUUAG